GCGAGGGGGCGCAGGCCAUGGUGCCGGCGCUGCGUUACCUGAGCGGUGCCUGCAGCCGGGCCCGCGGGGGUUUCCCCGGGGGCUUCUCUGCGGCGUGCAGGCCGGCGCAGGGGAGGCCCUGGCCGCUGUGCCAGGGUGGCCGCAGAGCCAGCACCCGCUCAUUUGACGUAGUCAUUAUUGGCGGCGGAAUUGUGGGCCUUGCCUCUGCCAGAGCACUCAUCCUGCGGCAUCCAACACUUUCCAUUGGUGUUCUGGAAAAAGAGAAACAUCUAGCUGUUCACCAGACUGGACAUAACAGUGGUGUCAUACAUAGUGGCAUUUACUACAAACCUGAAUCUCUGAAAGCUAAAUUGUGUGUACAAGGUGCAGCCCUCAUCUAUGAGUAUUGUAAGCAAAAGGGAAUUUCCUACAAGCAAUGUGGCAAGCUUAUAGUAGCUGUUGAACAAGAAGAAAUUCCCAGACUUCAGGCCCUGUAUGAGAGAGGCCUCCAGAAUGGUGUCCAGGGCCUGAGGCUAAUCCAACAGGAGGAUAUAAAGAAGAAGGAGCCAUAUUGUAGGGGCCUAAUGGCUAUUGAUUGCCCAUACACUGGCAUUGUGGAUUAUCGACAGGUGGCUUUGUCAUUUGCCCAGGAUUUCCAAGAAGCAGGUGGCUUUGUCUUGACCAAUUUUGAAGUAAAAGAUAUUGAAAUGGCUAAAGAAAUUCCUUCAAGAAGUAAAGAUGAGAUGAAAUAUCCAAUCAUUAUUAGGAAUACAAAGGGAGAGGAAGUUCAGUGUCAAUAUGUUGUGACAUGUGCAGGACUUUACUCAGAUCGUAUUUCAGAGUUGAGUGGCUGUAAUCCUGAUCCUCAAAUUGUACCAUUCCGGGGAGAUUACCUGCUCUUGAAGCCAGAAAAAUGCUAUCUUGUAAAAGGAAAUAUUUAUCCGGUCCCAGAUAGCCGGUUUCCUUUCCUAGGGGUUCACUUCACACCGCGGAUGGACGGCAGUAUUUGGCUAGGACCUAAUGCAGUUCUUGCCUUUAAACGAGAGGGCUACAAACCCUUUGACUUCAAUGCCAGAGAUGUUAUGGAUAUAAUUAUCAAGAGUGGCUUGAUUAAAUUGGUGUUCCAGAAUUUUUCCUAUGGAGUUAAUGAAAUGUAUAAAGCCUGUUUUCUCAGUGCAACAGUAAAGCACCUUCAGAAGUUUAUCCCUGAAAUUACUGUCAGUGAUAUACUUAGAGGUCCAGCUGGAGUAAGAGCCCAAGCCCUGGACAGAGAUGGAAAUCUGGUAGAAGAUUUUGUAUUUGAUGGAGGAAUUGGGGAUAUUGGAAAUCGCAUUCUUCAUGUGAGAAAUGCACCGUCCCCUGCUGCUACUUCUUCUCUUGCAAUUUCUGGAAUGAUUGCAGAUGAAGUACAACAAAGAUUUAAAUUGUAAAUAAUGUAAGGAGCUAGAUAUGCAUUUUAGUUUCCACAUUCAGCAACAAGAAUAUACUAAUUGCAUUCUUUAAGGAAAAUGAUUUGUAAAUCUCAUUUUUAGGUAUCUCAUUUAGGUAAUAACUGAAUUGUUAGAAUGCUAUAACAUAGAAAUUAUAAUUUUUUAAAGUCCAUGCUCUUUUACUUUGUGAAUAAAGAAGCAAGGUACAGUUGUAUCUGUCCUGAAUCCCUGACUUUGUUUUUGACCUCUCCUCACCAACCAUGAUCUAGAUAUUUGGCUCUUCUAGAAUUUCUGGGAACGAUGGCACAAAAAAUUGAUUAUCCCCUUCAUUUUUUGCCUUUAUAAUAUCUAAGCUUUUUUUUUUUCUCUACUGAACAAAAAAAAUAUAGUGUGUUGUAGGUUGCAAACCUUUUAAUUUUGAAGAGUAUAGGAAAGCUCACAUUAUUUAGAGCAACAGUAUUUGUAUUUGGAGAUUUAAACUUCUUGACUUAAAGGAAAUAUAUGAAAUUUCACAUUUUUAAGUAGUUUGAAUAAGAUUCUAUCUUAGCUAUAAUAUUUGCAGGAACUGACUUUGCAAAAGAAACAUAAAGCCUUUAUUAUUCCCAGUCUUUUUAUAAUUGACUUAGUGUGCAGUUACCACUAAAUCCAAACAGCAGUACAGUAUGAGUGGUUAAUUGCCUACUCUUUAGUCUUUUGUGGUUGAGAAACUAAAAGAACUUAAAACUGAUAGGUUUUUAUGAGAGCAGUUUUAGAAUCCUGAAUGCUGAUAUAUAGAACUCUAAUUUUAAAAAUUGUUUACCUCUAUAUCUCUGUUUUUCAGUCAUACCAACUUUCUCAAAUAUUGGCCAAGAUCACUAAUUAUUCAUGCCUACUUGGUUUUCAGGGAUCCUAUGAACUUUUAUGAUGCUAUUUCUUUAUUUUGGAGAAAUACCUAACUGAGGCAUUCACUUUUGUAAACCGCAAAAGUGCCUUACGUUCAUGUAUACUUCAUGAGUAUUUUCAAUUGUGGCCCAGUGCCAAUACUGUAUACUGUAUAUACAUGUGUGGUAUCUGUUGAAAUAAUUCUGGCAGUUCAGAAAGUUGGAAAAUAGAAAUAUUAAAUGAAUUUAUGGCAGCCUACUGAUUGGGGAAACUUUUAUUACAGAACCGCCAUUUAGGUGAGACAUUUUCAUCCAUUCCCUCAUAUAUACUGUCUCAGGAUUAAUCUUCUACUCUUCAUUCUUUCUUCUUCUUUCAUCAAAUCUGUGUGAUAGAUGAGUAAGGAUGUGCAUAAUGACUGAUAGGAAAAACUUCUGUUUUCUUCCUUUUUACUUCAAGCCUCAGUGAUUAUAUUGUUUGAGCUACCUCAACCAUUAAUUUGAAAGGCUACAUCACCAGCUCAUGUUCGAGAAGUAGCACAUCCCAGGUAUAGACUAGGCAAUUAUUUGACACUGGGAUGAGCAUAUUGAAAGCAUUCAGAAACCACUCACAGAAGAAGCCAGCCUUAAUGGUUCUUCAUAACAACUGAUUCCUCCAAGAAAUGUGACACACAGGAUAUUUUUCUGUUCCAUUACAAGACUAUUAAGAGAUGGAAAAUUUUACAAUUCUUUAUUUCAUAAACAGUGAGAUUGCAUAUAUACUAAGCUGUGAAAGACUGAAAUUACAAAAAUAGCUCUUCUAAAUUAAAGCAGCCCUUAUUCCAUUUGGGUCUAUAUUAUAUCCCCAAAAAACAAGUGAAAAAGAUGAUUGAAAGUGUUUUGAAUGUGUAGGUUAUUCUGUUUGUAAAACAUAUUUAUAUUAAUCGGGUUUUGUUGUGUAAUACUGGUAUGAAAUUUAAAAGUUUUGUGUAUUUGAGAGAGAAAAAAUGUAAAUUAAUAUUAAAAUAUUUUAAUGAG